AUGGAACUCUACCAGCAGCUGAGCUCGAUCGAGAUUCUGCAGGACCGCUACAAUAUGUACGUCACCACCCCGCAACUUGACAUGAAGGAAUGGCGAGAAGCAACUCUGAAGAACUUUAUUGAACGUGAAGAACGUUCACUGCUAGACGUGUUCGCCUUUUCAAGAACUCUCGGAAUGUCAAGAGAUGAAGCCAGCAGAUUAGCUAUCAAAUUGGCAAUUGAUUCUGGGAAUACUAUGGGAGCUCUUACUAUCAUAAGGGAUGCUCUCCGAAAUGUUCCGAACGCCUCUCCUGAAGUGGCAGAGGCAUGCGUUCAUGGAUGUGAAUUUGUACUCUGGCGUCUGCAGGAAGUUAUUGGGAACCCUGAUUCACCAGCUGAUGCAGAGAUUGUGGAACAGUCUAUUGACUCCAUUGUUAUUUUGUCGAGGGUUCUUCGAAUUCUCGAACCGAUCACCACACAUUCGUUGUAUUUACAAGAAGCAGUUGCCAGAAUGCACGGCUAUGCUGGUAUUUUCCUUCAAGUUGUUAAACAGUGCAUGUUGGAUGACACGACGAGCGAUAGUGCGUCCGAGAAGGAGCAGUCUAAAAGUAAAGAUGAAGCCUUCAGUGAUGAUCGACGCAUUUAUGGUGUACGUCGCCGUGUUGGCGUCUAUCAAAUGAGGAAUGAAGGACCGUUGUUUGCAAGGAUGGAAGCAAUCGCUCACAUAGCUUCUGUUGCCCAAAGUGCUGUUGGUACAGAAAAACUUGAUGAAGAGACGAGGAGUGCACUUCAUGCUGAUCAGGCGACACGAUGGAGCGAUCUGUUCAAUUUCCUUUCGCUGUCGAAUCAAGAUCUACUGGAAUUCCAAGCUCGUGUUUACGCUGCAUCAUUACCUUGGUGGGAGGAGCAGCAAGCACGAAAUGAUAUUGGACUGCGAAUUUCCGUCCGCAACAUCUGUGUUCGUGCACUGCAGGCUCAUCCAUGCGAUCUAUGGACACCAUGCACUCUUCUCUCAUCUUUGCCGCCAUCGACAAUAGAAGAAUUGAUCAUAGAGCUGAGAAAUAUCGUAUCAAAUAGGAAAUCGCCACAGACUAUGCUCAACUUCCUGCGUGUAGUCCAGUUUGGUGCGAUUCUCACAGGAAAUUCUGGGCAUGCCAAGAUGUUGACGGAUACCUUCAUCAAGACGUUGUGGGCAAAACGGCUCGGAAAGGCAUGCUUGUCCCCAGCACUUCCGCGAAAGCCCAUUGAGUUUGCGAUUGAUGAAUUCGCUAAACACAAAGUGGAUCCGAACGUCGUUGCUGAAUACGUUGAUGAAUUCUGUGGUGUGAGCGAAUUACCUGACAAGUUGCUUAGCUAUGCCCUAAAACUGGUUGAAUUAGCAUCAGCAACUGAAGAUCGGCGUGAGAUUACAAGUUUCCUUGAAGUUGCUCAUCAAGCGUUAAAGGUCAAUGAAGUUCAUAUAGUCGCUGAGAAACUAUUUUCUGCAUUCCGAGACAUUCUGUACACGGUUUCUCCAUACAAUUACCCUACUAUACAAUUCAUUGUUUCCCAUCUUGCAUCCACAUGUGGUAAUGAAGAUCGAUUUUUCGUUGCUGGAUGUACAUCGAUCCUCAACUUCAUUAUGGAACGUCGUCGUGAGAGCGCUAUAUGCAAAGACGAACUGGUGUGGUACACUAAUCGCGAGAAACAAAUGGCCACGGAUAGGAAGGAUCCAAACGUCGAAGACUUUGGUGCGUACUGCCGAUGCUUCUUUGAACAAGGCACCCGGUCUUCUUCAUUUCAUCUGCAGCCGUCGUCAUUUUGUGAAGACGGUAAUGAGAGCAACUUGUACGAGCGUGACGUGCUUGCAAUAGCGAUGCCACAAAUGGCGAAACAGCGGUUACCUUUCCAUCCAUUCCUAUAUCUGGCAGCUGGCGAUAUGGAGCGAUACUUGGUUCCGAUUGUGGAGAAGGAACUUGACGUUUACAAUGUGCUCCCGGCUAUGCUGCGAAGUGUAAGCUGGCUCAACGCUCACCACCAAUUCCCCCGGUCACGACUGCUCUCGAUAGCUGUUGGAAAAAUAAGCGCCGAAGUUAUUUCCAAGGGGUCAGAAUUUCAGAAUUUGUCCGCACGAGAAGAGGCAGUCAUCGAUCGGCUGCUUAAGCAGACACCGUCUAGAAAAGCUGUUGUAUCAUGUGUAGCCAUGUGCUUCAAGAAAUUACCACUAUGUGAGACAAAAAUUCGUUUGCUGGAGAUAGGUAGAAAGAUUGCACAGGAUUGGUUGGCGACUCCCAAUAUAGAACCGCCGAUGGAUGCCGCUGAACGGAUGGGAAUUGAGGAGCAGGUCAACCGUCUUGGUGAAGCCAUUGAGAAGUAUAACACUGAAUUAAUCCUCAAGAAGUCUGGCCUCUUCAAUGAGAAGACAUGCGAUCUAACAGAAACUCCUGAAGCAUUGAUCGACUACAUCUACUCGAACAGUAUUGACUGGAAAUGUGAGAAAGAACGAGAGCAGACACUGGCUGUAAUCAAGCAACUUGCACAAGUUAACCACAUGAACAAUUUGGAAUCGAUCCAAGAGCAGUUGGUUAUGAAUUGGUUGAUUGCUGACAAAACUGAUGACGCUUACGCUGUGGAUCCCAACGAUACGAUGGGCAACACUGGUGUGGAUGUGGGCAUGAGCACUGGUGAUGAGAAUGAAAUCUUCCUUUUGCCAUUUUUCGAUGUGGAAGUCGACAGGAUUGUACAUGUGCUGAAGCAAAUCAAUAUGGAAAAGAUCAUGCUGGAUCUCAUCACUUACCUGCGAAGGGACUCGUCCACAGUCGCUGGAGGAUUCAGAACAAUUGUGCGAGCCGCUUGUGUCCUACUACGUGCAUACACAGAUGACCAGCUGAAACGAGUCAACUACGAUCACCUGAAAAUCUGCGUUGAUUUGGAUGCUGUCUUAUACGGUCGUUUGCUGGAACUGGCACAUGUCGACAUUCCGCUUGAUACUUUCCGUCGUCAAGAGAAAUCUGUUGUGGUUCGCGGCUUAGUUGCUCCAGGACUGGCUUUCUUGGUGGCCUCACUCAUUGUUGACAAUGAUAUCGCCGAUCGUUCAGUGGUAGAAAUGGUGCUAAAUCGUCUACAAGCCGCUCAGCAACGAGAAAUGUUCGUCACUCUCCUUUCGUUCUGUCGACAGGUGAAGAAACUUCACCGAGUUAAGAAUCUCGCCAUGUUGUGGGCAAGGGCAGCCGAUUGGUCACUUGGCAGUAUAGAACACGUCAAUAAAGAACUGAGAGACGAAUUCGAACGUUGGUUCUAUUUCGCCAUCUCGUGUCCCGUAGAAGGAGGACGUGCUUUCGAUUCCAUACGAAAUGCACUACGAGCACGUAAUUAUAUCUUGGCCGCUCACCUAAUCUCCGUCGUUGCCUCUUUUGCCCAGCCGCUCAAAGAGAAGCGGCCCGUCUCAGUGCAAUAA